AUGACUAAAGUUGCUGGUCACUGGAUACGCCGAAAAGAAAACAUAAGUAAUUUGGAAAAUAGGGGCAACAUUUUAAUAGUACGUGUUGAGAGGAUGGAUAUGGUUAGGCUAAGUUACCAUGUCGUCCAAGAAGUUCAAGAAGCAAUAAAAGAAAUACGAGAGUUGCUACAAUGUGAAAAUAAUAUUCCACCAGAGGAGCGAGAGACGUUAAUAGAUUUGGGAAGAAAGGCAUGGGCAGCACGUCUAAGGAGAGUAGAAUAUUCAAAGAAUGAUAUAGGGCCAUACACAAUUAUCAUUGAAUCGACAGAGAAAAAUGUAGCAGGGUUACACUAUUCGGAUUUGUCGAAGAUAUUAUAUCAAAUAAAAGUUGAAGGUAUAACGAAUAUUACUAAAAAGGGAUUCAAUAAGGUAGGAGUCGAGUUUAAUACAUAUCAGCAAGCUAAUAAUUUACUUAUUAAUGAUAAAUUACAACAGAAAUCUUUGAUAGCAUAUAUUCCCCAAAGAUUGUUAUCAACGAAAGGCAUUAUAAGAGACGUGGGACAAUUAAUUUUGGAAGAAGACAUCGUACAAGAAAGUUAUAGUAAUAAAGAAAUCAUUGAGGCCAAAAGAUUAGAUCGAAAAUUCAGAGAAGGAGGCAAGAUAAUUUACAAAUCAUCAUUUACAGUAGUGUUGACAUUUGAGGGUAAAACCUUACCAAAAGAAAUUAAAUUAUUUGGAGUGAAUUACCCAGUAUACACUUACGUAAGGCCGGUUAUACAGUGCUACAAUUGCUUAGGAUAUGGACACUCAAAGAACCAAUGUCGAAGUAAAACAAGAUGUUAUAAAUGUGGAGAAGGGCACAUGGCAAAAGACUGUGAGGAAAACUACAAGUGCUAUUAUCAUUGUGGAGAGGGCCAUUCAGCGACGUCAUGGGAUUGUAAAGAGCAUAAGAGACAAAAGAAUAUCAACACGUUAAUAGCAGAGCAGAAUCUGUCAGCCUAUGAAGCAGGGCAGAUAUGCCCAUCAGAUAAACAGAAAAACAAAAGAACGCCUGGCUAUAGAACUAAUUAG